AUGAUAAUACUCAGCAGGGAUGUGGCCUGUCUGAGUAUCAUAUUCCUCGCCUCGUUUUGCGAGGCACUAGAAGUGUACACGAAUCACUUCCAUGUGCACACUAAGGAGGCUGGGCUAGAAAAUGCACACAAAAUCGCAAAGAGGCAUGGUUUCAUCAAUAGAGGAUCGGUUCUCGGCUCGGACCACGAGUUUCACUUCGUGCAACCGGCUCUUUCACACGCGAGGACUAAAAGAUCGAUUGGACAUCACGCGAAACUACACAACGAUGACGACGUAAUACAUGUAGAACAACUUACCGGGUACAAACGUGCAAAGCGGGGUUAUAGACCACUGGCUGAACGCCUUCAGAGCCAAUUCGACUUUUCUCCCGUCCAGUCUCCCACUGACCCUUUGUAUAAUUACCAAUGGUAUCUGAAGAACGUUGGCCAAGCUGGUGGAAAGGCUCGUCUUGAUCUCAAUGUCGAAAAGGCGUGGGCAUUGGGUUUCACCGGAAAGAAUAUCACGACAGCAAUUAUGGACGACGGUGUAGACUACAUGCAUCCAGAUAUCAAGAAUAAUUUCAACGCUGAAGCAAGUUACGACUUCUCUUCCAACGACCCUUUCCCCUAUCCAAGAUACACGGACGACUGGUUCAAUUCACACGGAACCAGGUGCGCUGGAGAAAUUGCAGCUGCUCGUGAUAAUGGAGUUUGCGGCGUUGGAGUCGCCUACGACAGUAAAGUAGCUGGUAUUAGAAUGCUCGAUCAACCGUACAUGACUGACCUUAUUGAGGCUAAUUCAAUGGGUCACGAACCUAAUAAGAUCCACAUUUAUUCGGCCAGCUGGGGUCCAACAGAUGAUGGAAAGACAGUGGAUGGACCACGAAAUGCCACAAUGAGGGCAAUCGUCAAAGGAGUCAACGAAGGUCGAAACGGUCUCGGUUCAAUCUUCGUAUGGGCAUCUGGAGACGGCGGCGAAGACGACGACUGCAAUUGUGAUGGCUAUGCUGCGUCAAUGUGGACUAUCUCUAUCAACAGCGCUAUUAAUAACGGCGAAAAUGCUCACUACGACGAAUCAUGCUCUUCCACACUUGCAUCUACUUUCUCAAAUGGCGGACGCAAUCCCGAAACUGGAGUGGCCACCACCGACCUGUAUGGAAGAUGUACUCGAUCGCACUCAGGAACCUCAGCGGCUGCUCCAGAAGCUGCUGGAGUUUUUGCUCUGGCGCUUGAAGCGAACCCAAAGCUGACAUGGCGCGAUCUGCAACACCUGACAGUACUUACUUCGACGCGUAACUCGUUAUUCGAUGGACGAUGUCGUGAUCUACCAGAUUUGGGAUUAGCGGAUGAAAGUAAUCAGAAGAAAUCUAAGGAUAACUGUUCACAUUUCGAAUGGCAGAUGAAUGGUGUCGGCCUCGAGUACAACCAUCUGUUUGGAUUUGGUGUUCUGGAUGCCGCUGAGAUGGUAAUGCUUGCAAUGGUUUGGAAAACAGCACCGCCACGCUAUCACUGCACUGGAGGAACUAUCGACAAACAUUAUGAGAUUCCUGAAGACGGUAACCUUAUUCUCGAAUUGGAUACGGAUGCUUGUCUUGGCACAGCGACGGAAGUUAGAUAUUUGGAACAUGUACAAGCAGUUGUCUCCUUCAACUCGUCGCGAAGAGGUGACACCACUCUGUAUUUGGUGUCACCCAUGGGAACACGUACAAUGAUCCUGUCACGUCGUCCAAAAGAUGACGAUGCUAAGGAUGGCUUCACCAACUGGCCUUUCAUGACCACCCAUACAUGGGGUGAAAAUCCUAUCGGAAAAUGGAAACUCAUCGCAAGAUUCCAGGGACCAGGCAAACAUCGUGGUACACUGAAGAAAUUCUCCUUGAUGUUACACGGCACCAAAGAGCCACCGUACGCAGGAAUUGAGCCACUGCUUGGACAUGUGAACUCGAAACUGCAAUGGCUUGAUGCUGAUAAGGAUGAGCUGAAGAGGUGCUACAAAAUGACUGUGGACUUGGAAUUAAAUCAGAAAAAGACCGGCGUUCGACCGUUUCUGCGCGCCAGAGACACUCCGAAGCCGAUUUUCGCCUUGCUAUAUGGAUUUCAGCAAGUGAUGGUAUGUGUAUCAGCACUGCUUACAGUACCUUUUUUGGUGACCGAUAGCCUAUGUGCUGGAAACAGUAGUGCAAAACUUCUAAAUGAGUUGAUCAGUUCGACAUUCGUUGGAAGCGGUAUCUCGACGAUCAUCCAAACUAUGUUCGGAAUGCGGUUGGCAUUACUUCAAGGCACAGCAUUCGCUUACGUGCCAUCCGUGCAAGUCUUCAUGGGCAAGUGCUCGGUUAAUAGUAGCACUCACGUACCUGAAGAGGAAUAUUAUGGAAGAUUAGCUCUUAUGCAAGGAUGCCUUAUGGCAUCGUCGUUGAUACCAAUGCUGAUUGGUUUCACUGGCGUUGUUGGAGUGCUGACAAAAUUCAUUGGUCCACUUACGGUUUCGCCGUUGAUGCUGCUGUUGGCUUUUUCGCAAGUCGGAACCAUGGUGGACAAAAUAAGUCUUCAUUGGGUAGCAGUUAUACAAGCAAUCACGUUAUUCAUUACCAUCCUCUAUUUGGCUGAUGUACUUGUACCAUUGCCGGGAAUCAAAUAUGGCAAACUGCACUGGUACAGGACUAACCUUUUUGGACAAUAUCCAUACUUAAUAGCUAUCGCGAUCUCAUGGGCUUUUUGUUUAUUCCUAACCGUAUGCAACCUUGUGGAAGCCGGUGGUCCAGCACGUGUUGACAUUCCACAUAAAGUUAAAGCGAUUCAAAACUCUGCCUGGGUUGCUGUUCCCUAUCCAGGAAAAUUCGGACCACCCUCAUUUAACGUGAGUCUAUUCAUUGCUUUUCUGCUCUCGGCAAUGACAUCGGUGUUCGAAUCGGUUGGGGACUAUCAUGCGGCCGCACGAAUCUCGUUGGAAAGAGCACCGCCAAGCCAUGCAAUCAAUCGAGGAAUCCUUGCUGAGGGUAUGGGUUCAUUCGUAUCUGGCUUGCUGGGACCUGCUGUUGGAAUGACAACACACACAGAGAAUAUCGGCGUAAUCGGUGUCACUAGGGUCGCGUCCAGAUGGACAAUGGUUGUCGCUGGUGUACUGCUUAUCGCUUUAGGAGUAUGCACAAAAAUUGGCGCCAUCUUAUCCACUGUUCCCGAUCCAUUAGUUGGUGGAAUUCUAGCAUCCUCAAUGGCUAUGGUAGUCGGUGUAGCUGUGUCGAAUCUGCAGACGGUGGACAUGACCAUGUCACGAAAUAUGGGAAUUCUCGGAUUCUCGAUGCUGUUCGGCAUGAUCGUUCCCGAACACUUCAGGCGUUACCCCGUUCAUACUGGUCUACAAAUGUUUGACCAAAUCUGUAACAUUUUACUGCAAUUGCAAAUGUUCAUUGGAGCUAUGUGCGCAUGUAUUUUAGAUAAUACCGUUGGAGGCGCAACUCGAGAGCAGAGAGGUCUUCGAUCUCGUGGCAUCAUCCAUGAAAUUGCAAUGGAUGACGACACCUACUGUUAUCCACCACUUGUAAUGAAGGUCCUUAACAAGAUCCCAUUCAUAAAUUAUCUGCCAUGUAUGCCGAAAGAGAAAAAAGCCACAAACAAAGUCGCCGAAUACUCAACGGACGAUCUCAAAGCGGAUGAAGUGCGAUUAUGA